CAUAAGUGAUGUCACCUGAUAAUGAAGAGGGCAGGGUGUGCUAAUGUUUACAACCAUUGGGUUGUCAAUAAUUUUAUCGUAAAAACUGAUUGAUUUGGUUGAUUUUUUCACAAUAUAGGAUAAGAAGACUGAAUAAUGGCGCAAACUAAAUGACCCCUCCUCGUAUUCAGGCAGUUGUUUACUAUGUACUCUGCAAUGCUUUCAGCUACCCACAUCUGACAUGUAGCUAACUGACACUCCACUGCCAGAUUUUAACAUUCAGGUUUUCGUUAACGGUGAAUUCCCCUGUUUGGUCUUGACUGUGUACAGUAACUCUGAGCUGGCGUCUGGAAGGACCAAGGACAAGAAUUCAGAUUGUAUAUUUUGUUGGUGAACAGUGUCCCAAUGGAGUGGGUGUUCAUCAUGAAUCGGAUGAGCUCUCAGGGUAGCUCUGCAGCCCAGCGGAGGCGGAUGGCUCUGGGGGUGGUGAUACUCCUGCUGGUGGAUGUCAUCUGGGUAGCCUCCUCCGAGCUAACCUCAUACAUUUUCAAGCGACAGGAGUACAACAAACCUUUCUUCAGCACAUUCACCAAGACCUCCAUGUUUGUGCUGUAUUUGCUGGGUUUCUUGCUGUGGCGGCCCUGGAGGCAGCAGUGCACCGGCACUCUGAAACGCAGGCGCUCUGCAUUUUUUGCCGAUGCUGAGGCUUACUUUGCACCCUGCACCACUGACACCACUGUGAACAACUGUUUGAGUGAACCACUGUAUGUGCCAGUGAAGUUCCAGGAUGUACCUGCUGACCACUCAAAUUGUUUAAUUGGAGACUGUGAAUCUUCUACCAAAAAGCAGCGGGUGCGUUUUAGUAAUAUCAUGGAGGUGCGUCAGCUGCCCUCUACUCAAGCUCUGGAGGCCAAGCUGUCCCGGAUGUCCUACCCAGCAGCCAAGGACCAUGAAGCCAUGUUGCGCACAGUGGGCAAGCUAACCAUCACUGAUGUGGCCAAAAUCAGCUUCUUCUUCUGCUUUGUGUGGUUCUUGGCUAACCUGUCCUACCAGGAAGCCCUGUCUGAUAUGCAGGUUGCAAUUGUCAACAUUCUGUCAUCCACCUCAGGCCUGUUUACGCUCAUCUUAGCAGCCAUAUUUCCCAGCAAUAGCAGUGACCGCUUCACCUUGUCCAAACUGUUAGCUGUGGCUCUGAGCAUGGGAGGUGUUGCCCUCGUGAGUCUUUCUAGCAUGGAUAACCCAGACGACAAAGGCAUCAUAGGUUCUUUGUGGUCACUGGCUGGGGCGAUACUUUAUGCUGUCUACAUUGUAAUGAUCAAGAGACGAGUGGAUCGGGAGGAUAAGCUUGACAUUCCCAUGUUUUUUGGGUUUGUGGGUCUGUUCAACCUGCUGCUUCUGUGGCCAGGCUUCCUCGUGCUUCACUACACGGGCUUCGAGGCCUUUGAACUUCCCAGCCAGCUGGUGUGGACUUACAUCCUCAUCAAUGGUCUCAUUGGAACUGUUCUCUCAGAGUUCCUCUGGCUCUGGGGCUGUUUCCUCACAUCAUCUCUAAUCGGAACUCUGGCACUGAGCCUCACUAUCCCUCUCUCUAUUAUGGCAGAUAUUUGCAUGCAGAAGGUACGGUUCUCGUGGCUGUUUUUUGCUGGGGCAGUUCCUGUCUUCCUCUCCUUCUUCAUCGCCACGCUCUUAUGCCACUAUAACAACUGGGACCCUGUCCUAGUGGGGCUGAGGAGAGUAUAUGCCUUCAUUUGCAGGAAACAUCGCAUUCAGAGGUUGCCAGAAGACAGUGAGCAAUGUGAAAGCCUUAUUCCUUUGCACGCUGUCUCCCCCAACGAGGGAAGCUUCUGUUCGUGAUCCAACAAUCCAACACAAUGUGGCAAAUGUGGAACUUGCUGAGCUGACAAUCUGGAAGCUUUCAGAGACAUUGAACUACCCCAGUGCCUCCUAUUAAAACUAUUUAUUUUCUACAGUGUUGAGAUGACCCAGCCAUUUCUACAAGCUCAUUUUAUUUCAUGUCAGUCAUCACAGACUGAGAUUCACUUUUUGGACGUUUUCUGUGUUUUAAAAAAAACAAACAAACUUUAUGGUACUCAAGGUGCUGGACAUUAUCAGUGAUUACUAUAGUGUCAUGUGACCAAAUGAAACGCUACAUGUUGAACUUGAUCUAGCUGCGUGUGUGUCUUUGAAACAUCAUCAGUGGAAAAGAGUUCCCAUCACUAUUAUAUGAAGGACGAUGUUCUGUACUGGACAUGGUUCUGUUCGUCCAUAAGCCUUUUUAAAUCUUGCUGCUUGUUCGGAAGUGUAUGUGUGAAGCAGACACAAUGAAUUUUCAUAUGGCCAUUUCCUGUAUGGCUGGCUGCACACUCAUGGAGCAAACCUAGUCUUUCCUGAUGGUGUUCGUAUCAACAAGUUGGCAUAAUAGUGAAGGAAAUUUUUACUUUUCAGGUCAGCCAUGUGAUGCACUUCAUAUGAGUCAGUGUAUAUGACCGUAUUCUUUUCAUGACCAAUAACCACACUCAAUAGAAUUAGAAAUUCAGUAAUUCAAUGAUGAGUUCAUGUAUGCUGGAAGAAGAAAAAUGAAAUCACACUACAGCUGAACAAGAUCCUACAGUUCAAUAACUUUCCUUUUGCGUCUUGCUCUGACAGUGCUGGAUCCUAACAACAAACUGUGAUAGAGACGUAAUCUUUGCAUUUGAAUAUGAAUCGACAGUAAGCCCUCCGCUAUAAGCUAUGAAACGUCUUGCUGCAAUAACAGUUGUCUGCUUGAAUGAACGGUUUCCUUUUCAAAUGGGUGUAAAUACUGUACACAUUGAAACAUUAGCAGAGUAUUGAUGUUUGUAUGUGAACCUCAGAUGAACACUACAGAUUUAUCUUCUGAGAUUAUGUAUCAGUUUAUAUUUGAUGUAUUAUUGUAAAUGAUUUCUGCCAGAGGAAGAGUUUGCAUCACAGCCAAAUUCUCUUUUAGUUGCAACUGAGAUUAUGUCACAUCAGUGAGACUGUUGUAUGUGAUCCAUUUUUUAAGUAAAUGAAAAAUGACCUAUUUACUGUUUCAUGUGAUGAGAAAAAGCCUUUCUUUUAGCAGCCUCAGUGUUUGUCAUAUAAUCAAGGAUGUAUACAUUACAGUUGAAGGUGAAAUGUAAACAUUACUCCACUCAUCCUGUUAAAUGUCAGAUGUGUGUACAUCUUUAUGGAGUGUUGUUAUUGCACUCAGCACUGACUGGAAGUAUGAAGUGGAGGAAGUAAUAAGCGGCCGGUGAAGGUAAAUUAACAGGUUGAGCACUUUAAGUGACAGAUAGAAACUGGUUUCAUUCAUGUCCAUCAUUGCACUUGCUAUGUUUUUGCCAAUCAUUCCCACCUUCUGUCAUUACUGCAGGUUUGGGAGCUUUUUUAGGAUGAUUUGGUUACAGGAAGUGAUAUUUCCCAUACUGUCUGCAUAGUUCUAACUGUAGAACAUUAAUUUUUCAUCUUUUAUCUGUGGUGCUUGUGGAAUCAUGUAUGUGUUUUUUUUCUUUCUCAGGUUCUUCGUCUUUUUUUAUUAUCUGAGCAAUUUCUUUGUAUUUUAAGUGUCAUUAAUGAAGGUGUUAUAAGAUUUAAAAGAAGGCCCAGAAAAAAAAGGCUGUGAUAGCAACAUCCCUUUUAUCAGCCUAAGCUCCCGAAUAAUCCUUAUUAUUUUGCAAAACUGUUCUCAUACUUACACUGCACUAUUAAAACAUAUCAUUUUAAA